AUGUCCCGCAACUCCGAUGAGCCUUCUCAUGGUGUGGCCUGUGAUCAGUCUCAUGGAGUGGCCAUUGAUCAUUCUCAUGGUGUGGCCUGUGAUCAGUCUCAUGGUGUGGCCUGUGAUCAGUCUCAUGGUGUGGCCUGUGAUCAGUCCCAUGGUGUGGCCAUUGAUCAGUCCCAUGGUGUGGCCUGUGAUCAGUCCCAUGGUGUGGCCUGUGAUCAGUCCCAUGGUGUGGCCUGUGAUCAGUCCCAUGGUGUGGCCUGUGAUCAGUCCCAUGGUGUGGCCUGUGAUCAGUCCCAUGGUGUGGCCUGUGAUCAGUCUCAUGGUGUGGCCUGUGAUCAGUCCCAUGGUGUGGCCUGUGAUCAGUCCCAUGGUGUGGCCUGUGAUCAGUCUCAUGGUGUGGCCUGUGAUCAGUCCCAUGGUGUGGCCAUUGAUCAGUCCCAUGGUGUGGCCUGUGAUCAGUCCCAUGGUGUGGCCUGUGAUCAGUCCCAUGGUGUGGCCUGUGAUCAGUCCCACGGUGUGGCCUGUGAUCAGUCUCAUGGUGUGGCCUGCGAUCAGUCCCAUGGUGUGGCCAUUGAUCAGUCCCAUGGUGUGGCCUGUGAUCAGUCCCAUGGUGUGGCCUGUGAUCAGUCCCAUGGUGUGGCCUGUGAUCAGUCCCAUGGUGUGGCCUGUGAUCAGUCCCAUGGUGUGGCCUGUGAUCAGUCCCAUGGUGUGGCCUGUGAUCAGUCCCAUGGUGUGGCCUGUGAUCAGUCCCAUGGUGUGGUCUGUGAUCAGUCUCAUGGUGUGGCCAGUGAUCAGUCCCAUGGUGUGGCCUGUGGUCAGUCCCAUGGUGUGGCCAGUGAUCAGUCUCAUGGUGUGGCCUGUGGUCAGUUCCAUGGUGUGGCCUGUGAUCAGUCCCAUGGUGUGGCCAUUGAUCAGUCCCAUGGUGUGGCCUGUGAUCAGUCCCAUGGUGUGGCCUGUGAUCAGUCCCAAGGUGUGGCCUGUGAUCAGUCCCAUGGUGUGGCCUGUGAUCAGUCCCAUGGUGUGGCCUGUGAUCAGUCCCAUGGUGUGGCCUGUGAUCAGUCCCAUGGUGUGUCCCAUGGUGUGGCCAGUGAUCAGUCCCAUGGUGUGGCCUGUGGUCAGUCCCAUGGUGUGGCCAGUGAUCAGUCCCAUGGUGUGGCCUGUGAUCAGUCCCAUGGUGGGGCCUGUGAUCAGUCCCAUGGUGUGGCCUGUGGUCAGUCCCAUGGUGUGGCCAGUGAUCAGUCCCAUGGUGUGGCCUGUGAUCAGUCCCAUGGUGUGGCCUGUGAUCAGUCCCAUGGUGUGGCCUGUGAUCAGUCCCAUGGUGUGGCCUGUGAUCAGUCCCAUGGUGUGGUCUGUGAUCAGUCUCAUGGUGUGGCCAGUGAUCAGUCCCAUGGUGUGGCCAGUGAUCAGUCCCAUGGUGUGGCCUGUGGUCAGUCCCAUGGUGUGGCCAGUGAUCAGUCCCAUGGUGUGGCCUGUGAUCAGUCCCAUGGUGUGGCCAUUGAUCAGUCCCAUGGUGUGGCCUGUGAUCAGUCCCAUGGUGUGGCCUGUGAUCAGUCCCAUGGUGUGGCCUGUGAUCAGUCCCAUGGUGUGGCCUGUGAUCAGUCCCAUGGUGUGGCCUGUGAUCAGUCCCAUGGUGUGGCCUGUGAUCAGUCCCAUGGUGUGUCCCAUGGUGUGGCCAGUGAUCAGUCCCAUGGUGUGGCCUGUGGUCAGUCCCAUGGUGUGGCCAGUGAUCAGUCCCAUGGUGUGGCCUGUGAUCAGUCCCAUGGUGGGGCCUGUGAUCAGUCCCAUGGUGUGGCCUGUGGUCAGUCCCAUGGUGUGGCCAGUGAUCAGUCCCAUGGUGUGGCCUGUGAUCAGUCCCAUGGUGUGGCCUGUGAUCAGUCCCAUGGUGUGGCCUGUGAUCAGUCCCAUGGUGUGGCCUGUGAUCAGUCCCAUGGUGUGGCCUGUGAUCAGUCCCAUGGUGUGGCCUGUGAUCAGUCCCAUGGUGUGGCCUGUGAUCAGUCCCAUGGUGUGGCCUGUGAUCAGUCCCAUGGUGUGGCCUGUGAUCAGUCCCAUGGUGUGGCCUGUGAUCAGUCCCAUGGUGUGGCCUGUGAUCAGUCCCAUGGUGUGGCCUGUGAUCAGUCCCAUGGUGUGGCCUGUGAUCAGUCCCAUGGUGUGGCCAGUGAUCAGUCCCAUGGUGUGGCCAAGACUGUUACCUUACAAGUUAAUGGUCGUCUGCAGACUGUUACCUUACAAGUUAAUGGUUGUCUGCAGACUGUUACCUUACAAGUUAAUGGUCGUCUGCAGACUGUUACCUUACAAGUUAAUGGUUGUCUGCAGACUGUUACCUUACCACUUAAUGGUUGUCUGCAGACUGUUACCUUACAAGCUAAUGGUUGUCUGCAGACUGUUACCUUACAAGCUAAUGGUUGUCUGCAGACUGUUACCUAA